CAGCCCCACCAUUUUCCUUCCCUCCCCCACCCCCGUAGAACAAUCCAAAAGCCCCGCCCGCUAUUUGUCCCCACCGCAACCAUGUGCCCCGCCCACCGCCGGAGCCCGCCCCACUCCGCUCCGGCCGGAAGUGGAGCUCGCGCGGCCGGCGGGACGAUGCGGCUCGCGGGGCUUCUGCUCCUCGCAGCGCUCGGUGCGGCCCAGAGGCCAGUUUGUCCUGGGACAGACAUGAAGCUGGAGUUGUCGUUCAGUUUAGAGAACCAUUACUACACACUGCGCAAACAGUAUGAGAACUGCCAUGAGGUACAGGGCAACCUAGAGAUCACUCACCUUACAGGGAACCUGAACCUAUCCUUCCUCCAGAAUAUUCAAGAAGUCCAAGGUUAUGUUUUAAUAGCACACAAUGCAGUCGAUUAUAUUCCUCUGGAAAACCUACGCAUCAUACGAGGAAGCCAGUUGUUUGAGGGUCAGUUUGCACUGGCUGUCCUGUCUAAUUUUAAUUCAACUGGUGCUGGUCUCCGAGAGCUUCGUAUGAGAAGCCUAACAGAAAUCCUGGCGGGGAAUAUUCAGAUCAGCGAUAAUCCUUGGCUCUGUUACCAAGAGACCAUCCAGUGGGAUGACAUUCAGGACAAGAACAACAUGUUUCCUUUUGUAGGAUCAGUGGACUCAAACCGGACAGUGCAGUGUGAUAGUUGUAAUCCUGCCUGUGAAUCAGGAUCAUGCUGGGGAUCAGGUCCUAAAUAUUGCCAGAUAUUGACUCGGAAGAUUUGUGCGCCCCAGUGUCUGUCUCGAUGUAAAGGACGAGACCCGACUGAUUGCUGCCAUAGCCAGUGUGCUGCGGGCUGCACUGGUCCAAAAGACACUGACUGCCUGGCCUGUCACUAUUUCAGCAAUGGUGGAACAUGUCGGGGGGACUGUCCACCACUCAAUAUUUACACACCUCAUGCAUACUAUCUGAAGCCAAAUCCUGAAGGAAGAUACAUCUUUGGAGCCAGCUGUGUCAAAAAGUGCCCACAUAAUUAUUUAGCGACCAAUGUGGGCUCAUGCACGCUGAACUGUCCAAACCACACUAGGGAAGUGAACAAGGGGGGUGAACAUAAAUGCGAAAGGUGCAAUACCCCCUGUCCCAAAGUGUGUAAUGGUUUGGGUGUAAACAGUCUGAAGGGAGUGCGGGCUGUGAACGCGAACAACAUUGAUUCCUUCACUGGCUGCAGCAAGAUCUUUGGAAGCUUGGUGUUUCUUACUGAGACCUUCUCUGGUGACCCAGCUACAAAGACUCCCCCUCUGGAUCUAAGGAAGCUUCAGGUCUUUGCUCCUUUGACAGAGAUCACUGGGUAUUUAUAUAUCGAGGCAUGGCCACAGAAUUUUACCGACCUCAACAUAUUUGAGAACCUUGCUGUCAUCAGAGCGCGAGUGCUAUACAGAGGUGCAUAUGCAUUGUUGGUGCAGAAUCUCCAGAUACAAUCCCUGGGUUUGCGCUCUCUGAAAGAAAUUAGUAACGGGCUGGUGUUGGUUCACCAAAACCCAAACCUCUGCUAUGUCAACUCUAUCCCUUGGAAACAGCUAUUUAAGGAGGAGCAUCAAGAGGCAUUAAUAACGGCCAAUAAGCCACAGGAUAUUUGUAAAGCUGAAGGGAACACUUGUCACAGCUUGUGUACAAACAGCACAUGUUGGGGCCCAGGACCAACAAACUGCAUCUCCUGUAAAACGUUUGUUCGAGGCCAGGAGUGUGUAGAAUCAUGCAACUUAUAUGAGGGGGUGGUGAGAGAGUAUUUGAGUGAGUCGUCCUGUAUUCGGUGUCACAAGGAAUGUCUCCCACAGAUCAGAAACCUGACCUGUAGAGGAAUGGGGGCUGUUGACUGUGUGGAAUGCGCUCAUUAUAGGGACGGAACACAGUGUGUGGAGAAAUGUCCAAGUGGGUUACACGGGCAUGUUUGGAAAUAUGCCGAUGAAAAUGGCUUCUGUCAACUGUGUCGAACAAACUGCAGUCAUUCAUGUACAACUGGUGAAGAUGGAUGUCCUGAGGAGCCUGUUCACAGCCAGGUGACCUCAGUGGUGGCAGGGAUAGUGGGAGCACUACUCUUUGUAGUCCUUGUGAUUCUUCUUGUUGUCUGGUUCAAACGCAAGAAACGACUGAAGCGGAAACAUACAAUGCUGAGACUCCUGGAAAGAGAGCUGGUUGAACCAUUGACUCCAAGUGGAGUUGUUCCAAACCAGGCCCAUAUCCGAAUCCUGAAGGAAACUGAAAUGAAGAAAGUGAAGAUUCUGGGAUCUGGUGCCUUUGGGACAGUUUACAAGGGAGUCUGGAUGCCGGAGGAUGAAGAUGUGAAGAUUCCUGUUGCUAUUAAGGUUUUAAGAGAGGGAACUUCUCCAAAAGCAAACAAAGAUAUCCUGGAUGAAGCGUACAUAAUGGCGGGAGUGAGUAGUCCUUACGUCUGUCGUCUGCUUGGAAUCUGUCUGACAUCCACUGUUCAGCUGGUGACACAGCUGAUGCCAUUUGGUUCCCUACUGGAUUAUGUUCGAGAAAAUAAGGACCGGAUUGGAUCUCAGCAUCUCCUCAACUGGUGUGUGCAGAUCGCAAAGGGAAUGAACUAUCUAGAAGAUCAUGUUCGAUUAGUCCAUCGUGAUCUUGCUGCAAGGAAUGUCCUUGUGAAAAGCUCAAACCAUGUGAAGAUCACAGACUUUGGACUUGCUAGGCUGCUGGAUAUUGAUGAGACAGAAUACCGUGCAGAUGGUGGGAAGGUUCCAAUCAAAUGGAUGGCAUUGGAGUCCAUUUUGCACCGAAAAUUCACCCACCAAAGUGAUGUCUGGAGUUACGGAGUAACGGUCUGGGAGUUGAUGACAUUUGGAGCUAAACCAUAUGAUGGUAUCCCGGCUCGUGAGAUCCCUGACCUGCUGGAAAAGGGAGAACGACUCCCACAGCCCCCAAUCUGCACCAUUGAUGUCUACAUGAUCAUGGUUAAAUGCUGGAUGAUUGACUCGGAAUGUCGACCCAAGUUUCGGGAAUUGGUGACAGAGUUUACAAAGAUGGCUCGAGAUCCCCCCCGAUAUGUGGUAAUCCAAGGCGAUGAGCAGAUGGUCCUUCAAAGCCCCACUGACAGCAAGUUCUACCGAACUCUGCUGGAAGAUGAGGACAUGCAGGACCUGAUCGACGCUGAAGAGUAUCUGGUACCACAUCAGGGGUUUUUCACCACUCAGCCCCGCACUCAUUACAGGAGCAGAAUGUCAUCUUCCAGAAGUGCGACAAGUGUGGCAGAGGUGGAAGGUCAGGGGUCAGAGGCUGCACAGAGUUCUGGCCUGGUGCCUGGUGCUUCACAACCUGCUGAUGCCUGUGUGGACACUUUCGCUGAGGCUGAGGGCUCAGGAUGUAGAGGAGUGUCCUGCUGUCCUGCCAGAGAGGACAAUGUCACACAGCGAUAUAGCUCUGAUCCCACAGUGCAUCUGACUGACGAAGGAGAAGAUGAGGUGGAUAGUUACAUCUCACUGGGCUCUGAUCAAACAGAAACAGACUACAUAAAUCAGGCUGAUGAAACGUUAUCUCCCAGCCAAGCUCUGCCUCGUGGUAAUGGCAGGAAUGGGUCCCUAAUCCCAAAAGGUCUGUUCAGAAACACCGUGGAAAAUCCUGAAUAUCUAAGUCAACCGAGUCUGUCUGGGAACAAGGACCUGCCGUUUGAUCGUCCUGAUUAUUGGGCACCGGAUCUCCAGAGCAGGUUACACUCUGGCAAUUCUCCUUGCCUGAUCCCUGCUACCCCGACACUAACACAACCCAAUGGAUACAUCCAGGUUGCAACAGCAGAGAAUGCUGAAUAUCUUGGUCUGGCAGAGGCUGGCAGUGUGUAGAGGAAUCUGGCAGCUUUGGUAUAACCAGAUGUCUCACUGCCAGAAGACUGAACUGACAUCAGAACCUGAGCGUACUCAGCAGAAGAACACUAUCUCUCAUGUUCAACAGCAUCCAUUGAAAAGGCACCUUAUUUUACUCCGCACCUUAACUAAAUCUUACUGUAAGCAGGCUUUGGUGAGUGAGACCUUUGUUGGUGCCACAGUUUCUGUUCUGGAAUCUUUCACAAAUGUGCACAUUAUUCCCAUUGAAUCAGAGCCUAGGUUAACUGGUGAACUGGUAGUAAACACCGUACUGACCUGGGCCAAUGAACAAAAGCUUUUAGAAGCAAGCAAGCAGACUGUGAAAUGUUUCCUCAGAGUUCUGUUUAGAUUACAACUCUACAAAAUCAUAACACUGUUCAAGAAUAGCAAAAAAAAACCCAUCCUGAUCCACGUGAUUCACUGAGAGUCUGCCAGGCCAUCCAGACUGGAUCCCACAUCUGUUUGAGAAGUCGCAGUGCAGCUACCCUUUCCUGAGUAUUGCUUCCAUCCUCUUCCCCCCCCCCCCCCCCCCCCCACCCUCCGAUGCAGUGCCCCAUGCCCCCGUUCCUGGGCGCUGGCCACUCCCCGCCACCUCUCUGGUUUGGAUGUGGGGAGGGCUCUGACCUUGUGGGAUACCAGGUUUCUGUUUCUGAUGGGAAUGGGCAGCAUCACAUUUAACAGAUGAGUGUUCCCCUGGACCCCUGGUUGGACGAAUCAUGGGACAGGCAGUGAGGAGCUGUUCCUGACGGGGGAAGAGAACGUGAUACUGGGAUCCAAGAGAGAUCACCAAGCAGGAGGCAAGAUGUGAGAAUUAACUGAACAAUAUUAAAAGGAAUUUACUUUUUUUUGUAAGUGAAGUUUAACAGAAUGUUAGAAAUGAGUUGCUUUUGGUUUGGAGAAUAUUGUAGAAAUUACUCAAUGCUGAAAUUCAUGAAUUUUUAAUCCGUUUGAUCAGAGUUUUUGUAUAUUCGAUUAUGGGGAAAGAGUUUUAUAUGCUUGAAAAAGAUAUUUUUUCUAGAAGUAUCCAGUUGAUGUGAAUGUUUUUAUUUUAGCACUUUGUUCAUGGGAAAUGUUUUGACUUUAUUCUGAUUACAGCUGGUGGAAUUGUCCAAGUGGCCCUCAGCCCAUGGCACUCACUCCUUUGGCCAUCUGUAUUGCUCCAUUGCAGCCUCAAAGCUGAUUUGUUUGAAUGGAGGGCCAGCCAGGACUGAUUUACUGUUUGAUAAAUUGGUCUUCAAUUAGGCUCCAGUGCAGUUCGAGCUAUUGCAGUCAGACCUAUGCUGUGAUGAACCAGUGGUUUCAAGGAUGCAUUCUUGGUCCUGUGGGUUUUCCAAGUGCAGGUGACAGAACCUUGUUAUUUCUAAGCAUGGAUGAGGGUGUAAUAGCCUCAUACUAACAGAGACUCCUCAAGCCUAGGUUCUUAUUAGACUUUGCCCAAUUGCUUUGCUCAUUGGAGUCAAUUUGGGAUCAGUCAGUAAGCAUUUGAUAUGAUUUUGUAAAAUUGCUGUGGUGAAUUACCCCAGCUAUUGUAUAUUUGACAUUUUCUUUAAAUCUGGAUCCUGUAAAACACUAUGUAUUGUAAAUAAAUCUCACUCUAUUUUUA